UCUAUUCUGGGUUUUUUCACCCACUUGGAUUAUUAGCUUUAAAAAUCUAAUCUUUGAGUCAUCUCUGAUUGUUAUUUAGGUUGUUGAUUUUUGAGAAUUAGCUUGUUAAGGAAGAGGUUAUGAUGCAUCAGAUGAUGAAUAAGAAAGAUUCAGCUACUCAUUCCACUUUGCCAUACCUUAAUACUAGCAUCUCAUGGGGACUAGUUCCAACUGAUUCCAUUGUUAAUCGUCGUGGUUCUGCUGAAUCACUAAGCUUGAAGAUGGUUACAAGGCCUGAACAUAUACAAACCACUAAGCAAAUCAGUUUUCAGGACCAGGAUUCAUCUUCAACACAGUCCACUGGUCAAUCUUAUACUGAAGUUACUAGUAGUGGAGAUGAUAAUCCUUCCAGACAAAUCUCGUUUUCGGCUAAAUCAGGAUCUGAAGUAACUCAACGGAAGGGGUUUGCAAGUAAUCCUAAACCAGGCUCGAUGACAGGAUUUCCGAAUAUUCACUUUGCUCCUGCACAGGCUAAUUUCUCAUUUCACUAUGCUGAUCCACAUUAUGGUGGUUUAUUAGCUGCUACUUACCUACCACAGGCACCGACAUGCAAUCCUCAAAUGGUGAGUAUGAUUCCUGGUCGUGUUCCUUUACCAGCGGAGGUCACUGAAACUGAGCCAGUCUUUGUCAAUGCAAAGCAAUACCACGCAAUUAUGAGGAGGAGACAGCAACGUGCUAAGCUUGAGGCUCAAAACAAACUAAUCAGAGCCCGUAAACCUUAUCUUCAUGAGUCACGACAUGUUCAUGCUCUUAAAAGGCCAAGAGGAUCCGGUGGAAGAUUCCUAAACACCAAAAAACUGCUUCAAGAAGCCGAACAAGCUGCUAGAGAACAAGAAAAUGGCAAGUCGGACCAACAGGAAAACAGAAAGACAAACAUGUCUAGAUUCGAAGCUCAUAUGCUGCACAGCAAAGACCGUGGUUCAACCACUUCUGGCUCAGACAUCACCUCUGUUUCCGACGGUGCUGAUAUCUUUGGACACACUGAAUUCCAGUUUUCAGGUUUCCCAACUCAGACAAACCGAGCCAUGCUUGUUCAUGGUCAGUCUAAUGACAUGCAUGGAGGUGGAGACAUGCACCAUUUCUCUGUCCAUAUCUGAGACAUUGUAUCUUGGUGCUGUGUUCAUGUUCCCACCAAAAGGGGAAGUCAUCCUUGGCUACUACUAGUUCUUUCGACUGUUGUAACUUAGUGUUUUUAUUCCACAUUAUGUCUGUGUUAGACAUCACAAGAACGACCAAGAUCUUCAUUUUGAACACUCUAUCGCCUUUUUAUCUUCUGUGACCAUGUAUCUCUUGUGUAAACUAGUAAUAUGAUUGCUUUAAUAAACUUUAAAUUCCUCU